AUGACAGAAAAAUCAAUACUAAACAUUCAAAAAAACCACAGAGAUAAAAACAAUAAGGAAUUAGAUUUAAGUCCUGAAGCGUAUAUAUUGAGUGAUAGUACAAGAGAGGAGGAUUGGUGUAGGGCUGUGACACAAGGGUUAGGUGAUAAAGCUGAAGAUUAUUGGAAGGAAUUAGAUUUAAGUCCUGAAGCGUAUAUAUUGAGUGAUAGUACAAGAGAGGAGGAUUGGUGUAGGGCUGUGACACAAGGGUUAGGUGAUAAAGCUGAAGAUUAUUGGAAGAUAACAUCAAAACAAUUGGUUGGUAUAUUAUUGGUCGUUAUGGUGAAGAAAAAGUAUAUUCCUUACAUUAAAGAAAUCAGGACAGAUUGUGCUGGAGUAGGGUUAAUGGGCAUGAUGGGAAAUAAAGGAGGAAGAAGAAAUCAAGAUUAUAUGGAAAUAUGUAGACGUACAACCUUCCCAAUAAAUGCAAAUGAAGGAUACUCAUCAUUAUAUGGUUGGGUUGGUGAUUAUAUACCACCGUCUGCCAAAUAUGCAGUUUCAGCUGUAGCCGGUGGAAUGAGUGGAAUGAAUAAAAGAGAGACUAAAGAUAAUCACUAA